AUGUCAAUUCAAUCCAAAUUCAAGAUCAAGAGACCUCAUAGCCCCGACCAUAUUGGAAUUCAUAAUUACAAGAAGCAAAGACUUCUUUUUGAUUUAGAGAAUCUGAGCCUUCACGAUGACAAGAAUCUGCAGCGACAACAGCAAUUGCAUAACAGCCGUCGAAAUCCACACCGCUCCGACGAUUCAUCGGUAGACGAUAUUUACAUCCCAUACGCGACAAGCAGUCACCCACUGAAGCUUUUGCAGAAUGAUAGCUCUGUUUUAAGAAAUUCUGACUUGGUAUACGCCAAGCUGAAAAAACUCGCGAGAGAUGAAGCCCUGCAAAUGAUAAAAUGGGUCGAUAUGAAGCAUCUUGUAUACACUCAAUGGUUUCAAUGGUUUCAGGCACACCUUGUAGGCGAAGGCUUUGGAAACACCAUUUUUGGCUCCAGAAGCAGUUGCGAUAUGGAUGGCGACAUUUAUAUGGAUGAGUGA